GUUUCAUUCAGUCGCAAUCGAGAAGCGGCGCCUAGAUGUUUGCGGAUCGGGUUCGAACGGGUUCCAAAAGUCGGUUGUCAGCGUCGUAAAACAAUUAGAUUGCCGUAAAGGUGAACAAUUAUUUAAUUAUACGGCGCAAAGCGUCACAGUGGCAAUAAAAACAGAAACGUGAUGACAUAUAAUCAAGCUGGCAUCUUAAAGGAUCUACUAAAUGUUGUGUUUCUGGCUCUUGUCUAAUCUGGAAAAAUGAAGAACCGCAACAAUAAUUAGAUCCCCGUAGACGGCUAACUACCAUAAAAUAGGCCAUAAACAAGCUGCUCUGACGCAGAGAAUUGAAAAAUAAGAGAGCACUGGGGAGCCAAAAACAAUGCCGAAUGUCGGGAGAGUGCCGCCUAUCAAAUGAGCGUUAAAUUAAAAGAACGUUACCCAAACGACGCCAACUCAGUCAGCCACUGACAACGAACCCGACGAAACGAUCGACGCGGCGGGAAAACAAGCAAACGAAUCGAAAAGCUAAUUACCAGCAGGCAGAAAGGCCAUUUGGAAUAUUAACUAAUUAAGCCAGUGAAAUGCGCGACGCGCCCGAAGAUCAGUCCGUAACGGUCUCCAUGCCGGCAUCGGCAUCCGUCUCUGCCGCCGGUUCCACCGGACCGUCAUCGGAACGCCGGAUGACGCAGCGCCUGCUCGUGGAGCUCCUGGUGGUGGUGGUGCUCAUCAUUCCCAUCUGCGUGUACGAGUUCGCGGUGGAUCCCGUGCGACGCGGCUUCUUCUGCGACGACGAGAGCAUAAGCUAUCCAUUCCAGGACAACACCAUAACGCCUGUAAUGCUCGGCCUGAUUGUGGGCCUGCUUCCGGCCCUGGUCAUGGUGGUGGUGGAGUACGUAAGCCACCUGCGCGCCGGUGACAUCUCGGCCACGGUGGACCUGCUUGGCUGGAGGGUGUCCACAUGGUACGUGGAGCUGGGCCGCCAGUCCACCUACUUCUGCUUUGGCCUGCUGCUCACCUUUGACGCCACCGAGGUGGGCAAGUACACCAUCGGACGCCUGAGACCGCACUUCCUGGCCGUUUGCCAGCCGCAGAUGGCGGAUGGGAGCAUGUGCUCCGAUCCGGUCAACCUGCACCGCUACGUGGAGAACUACGAGUGCGCCGGCGAGGGCUUCACCGUGGAGGACGUGCGCCAGGCCCGCCUCAGCUUCCCCAGCGGUCACUCUAGUUUGGCCUUCUAUGCCAUGAUCUACGUGGCACUCUACCUCCAGCGGAAGAUCACCUGGCGGGGAUCAAAGCUGAGCCGGCACUUUGUGCAGUUCAUUGUGGUGAUGGUAGCCUGGUACACGGCCCUCAGCCGCGUGAUGGACCAUUGGCACCACUGGUCCGACGUCCUUUCCGGAUCGCUACUUGGCGUGGCUGGCGCUCUAAUCACCGCCCACUAUAUAGCAAGGAUGUUCGACGACCGGGCAAGCAAUAUUCUAAGCGUAGGCCUGAGGAGGGAAAACACAGCAGCCACUCUUCAGGAAGAGGUCUGCCCCACCACCCCGCCGCCGUACUCCGUGAACAACAGCUUCAACGAGGAUCAGUACUGCUCCAAGGUUUAGUGAGAAGGAUAAGAUGCUUUCGUAGCGAUGUAAAUUCGAAACAUUCCAAAGGUAGCAAUAAAGCCUAGAUAAACUAUCAGCACGAAUUGAAUCUGUAGAACUUGUAGCAUUAAGUUAGAGAUCACCCAUCUGUAUGUAUGGCUCAUGUGAGUCUGUUCCUGCAAUCUCAUCUAAGUAUAAGUCAUAGUAUUAUUAAUUUUAUGUAUUUUAAUUGGUACCACUAAAAUAAAUACGCAUUACGAAUGUAUCGCACUGCGUUGUUUAAGCA